GCUGAGAAGGUACGAAAAAGAUAGUGAACGAGUGCCGAGGAAACAGUGGGUAAGAAGUUAAUAUCCGAUGGUGUCCAUGUCGCUGUGGUGUUCAAAAAGGACCACGUUGUCCCAUUGUGAUUGUAGUGUUUGUCCAUAAUUCAGGGACACUUAAUGAUCAAAUUGUACGAGUAUUUUUAAUGUGAACGAUCCAAGUUUUAUCAGUGAUUGUGCUUAUGUAGAAUGUCGGAAUUAAAACGUGUCGCACCACAGACCCUCGAGUUAUCUAGUACCUUGAGUAAUGCAACUAAAAAGGAGAAGGGUGAGAAGGGCAAACGGCUCGCGCCCUCAUUUCGCUUUGAGUUGUUGCUCGAUGAUAAAAAUGAAGGUGGAUACUCGGAAUUCACUUAUGCACAUUUACUUAAGGCUGCUGAGAAGAAGAGGAAUAAAGAGGUCAAGAGUGCGGAGGAGAAUCCUGCAAACGGGCUGGCCCCGUUCGAUGAAGAUGAUGAUGAUGAGAAGCUCCGGGAGAUCGCCAGACGAUUUGAAACCAAAUACGGAGGUAAUACAGUUGGGAAAAACCGCAAGAAGUAUGAUGACGAUGUGGACCUAGGAGCAGGAUACGAUGAGAAUGAUUCGUUCAUCGAUAAUACUGAUGCGUACGAUGAGGUCGUCCCAGCGGAUGUCACGACAGCCUAUGGAGGAUUCUACAUCAACAGUGGACCCCUCGAAUUCAGUGUUAAAGCAGCCGAACGUAAUUCCCUCAUGCAUCGCAACAAUAAUAAUAACAACGAAAAUGAUACUAGUGAAAGUAGUGAUGAUGAGGUUGAAAACAGCAAUAGUUCAGUGUCGAAAAGAAGGGGUACACGUAGUCUCAGUUCAUCCGAUGGGGAUGACACAGAGGAGAAUGCCAGUGAGCCUCCACCGAAGAAAUCGAAAAUGGAUGAAAAUGGUGAGAAGAAAUCCAAUCACGAGGGUGUUCCCAAGAAAAGAAAAAAGCUCACUUCCGAUCAAGAAGGAGAAUACACCAGAUCAAAAAACCCAGUCGAGGUUAAACGUGAGAUUAUGGAGAUCGAUCGAGUGCCAAACGAGAAUCAGGAAGAGCGAAAAAAAUCAAAGGGUGAUUUACCGAAGAAGGACAAGAAAUUCGAUCUAAAGAAAUUUGAGAAAAAGUCCACGACCAAUGGUCUCGAUGAGAAGAAGCCCCUGGACCUGAAGAAACUCGGUGGCAAGACUGCUAACAUCGAUGAUGCUAUUGAGAGUGUCGUCAAUGAUGGAAAAAUCGACGACGAAUCCAGUCGUGACACUGUGGACUCCAACAAGUCACGUUGUGGAGCUGUUGGCACAUCUUCGGAUGGCGAGGACAACGACAAAGCUGAGUUACCUCUCCUGGAUCAACUUCCAGAGGACAUCAAGGAGAUUAUUAGUAAAUUGAAGAAACACGUGCUCAUCAACAAAGAUCGUAAAACCAAGAUCUUCGAUGCCAAUGUUAAUUCCACUUUGCUUCAUCUCGAGAAAAAAUUGAAGAGGCUGGAUUCAUCGUCAGCUCGAUCCCAGGUCUACAGUCAUAUAUCAGAUUUUAUGGGAGUGGGCAAAGUGACGAUAAUCAAUCGUGCCAAGAAACUGUGCGUUCAGGAUGCUGACAAUCGCGUUAGUGGACCCAUUCAAAGGUUAAGAACGAUAAUUAACGAGACCAUGCCGAUGGUUGAGGAGAAGUAUAACAUAGAAUGCCAGAGGAUUGUCGAUGAGAAAAGGUUUCCAGCUUCGGUAUCAGAUGCCGACAGUAGCGAAGCUGAUGACAAGACGUUGGACAAGUCAAAAUUUCCGACUAAACGAUACCCUUGGUCUUCAGAAGCGAGGAAAUUGGUAUGCGAAAUUGCAACUAUAUGGCGGCAUUAUUAUACCAUUCGAAAACCGAGGAAAGAGAGUGUAGAAACAUUUGUAACAUCUUUUUUGGAGACCAGGGUCUUGACUCUCUGGCCCAAAGGUUGGAUGAGAUUGAAUAUUUUAUUGAAAUAUUCAAAGCCUGAGCCAUCUGCCAAGAGAAAACCGAAAAAACAACGGGACCCAACAGUCCCAAAUAAUCAAUCAUCCCCAGCAGUUUCAAACUGCCCCGUAUCAUCGGAAAUGACAAAUGCCAAUCCCACCGUGGCUCCCAGUACCCAAGAGCGCGCCAAGACUCCGCCGUCUUUUACCGAUAAUUUUUCAGCCACCAAUCAUACAUUCGGACUGCCACCGCAUUCAUCAAAGCCCUCAGAUCUAAUAAUUGAGAAGAAACAGGCGACAAAAUACAAGGAAAAGCACAAAGAAUCCUCAACAUCUAGUCAAUUGGAUAAUUCAAGUCCAGUCCAGCCAAUGGCAAAGAUAUCAGUUGUUCCGACCGCGCAAUUGAUGGCGCAAAAGCCCAAGAAUCAUCCAGACAAAUUCAAUCCCCUUGAUCUAACAAGUAGCUCACUGUCAAUAACUCCCGUAAACGAUUACCCAAAGUCAGGAAAAUCCCACACCGAAGUGAAGAAAGACGUUGUAUCGAUAACUCCGUAUUCAGAGUCCCCAACAGCAAUCAGUGUGAUCACUGAGCCAUCUCAUUCAAUAAAAUCCGAAUCAAUGUCUUACUCGAUAUCAAAUCAAAAUUCUAGCUCGAAACCGCUGUCCCUCAAACAAAGGAUAUUGCAGGACAAUCCUGAUACGAAAAUAGAGAAGCGCUUUGAUGAGCGUGAGGUGAUUGAUCCUUAUAAAAUCGAACACAAAGAGAAGAAGCGAGACAGAUGGUCGGAGGAGAAGCACAAGUCUCAUGAUCCCAAGAAACGUCGCAAAGAGCACAAGUCUUUGGAGCAGAAUCAAUCGUUAAUGCACUCGAAGGCUGAUGUAUCAAGCGUAAUACAAGCACCAAUGCUCACAAAAGAGGAGCAGGAACAGAGGCAGAUUGAAGAGACGAUGGCUGCCACCAAUUACCUCAGUCAGAUGAUCAACGACGAUUCAGCUCGUGCGACGAAUGAAAAACGCAAAGAACCGGGGGUCAUGGGGGAGGAUGGCAUUGGUGGUAUUGUUCAACCGAAUGAUGAACAGGACAAAGACGUUCAAAUGGUAAUGCGAUCAUUGAAAGAACUCCAAGAGUUGCAAUUGCCUAAAUCAAGCAGUCAGUAUGGCUAUACUGAUGAUUACCAUCGACUCUUUCCGAAGAAAGAAGAAAAAGUUAGACUUUCUAAGGAGGAUCAAUGGCAGUUACAAUAAAGUGCAAGAGAUGCUUCCAUUUAUUUUAAUAGAGCCCAGUCGUUCAUUGGUUGAAUGAGGAACUAUGGUGUUUCAGUUUGGCGGGGGUGUCCAUUAAUCAUGUGAUGCCAUUUACGCAAUUCCCCCUCCCCAGGACUGCUAUCACGUGAGUUUUUUUAUGACAAUAAAUUGAUGAAGAGAGAUGAUGCAAAAAUGGAAAGAGUACAUGUACUUUUUACAGCUUGGUGAGAAACACAUUAUUGAUUCAGAGAUUUUUAAUUAUUAAAUUUGUCAAUUAAAUUGCGUCAAGUAAAAUUUACAUUUUACAGGAAAUUAUCCUUGCUUUAAAAUUUAAAAGGAUGAUAAUUUUGGGUAAAAUCUGAAUUGAAUGAAGUUGAAAUUCCAAAUUUGAAUGUGAAUUUUAUACAAAAUUAUCCUUCUUUCACAUUUAAGUUUUAAUCAUUGACUUUUUAUAAAUAAAUAAUUGAAAUUGUUUAAAUUUUUGGAAAUGUCUUCACGCAGAAUGUCAAAUAUGCAUUCAAUAGACCUAAAUUCCUUGACCAUUUGGUAGAAUUGUUUCUGAAACUAGAAGUGAAAUUUGACAACACAUUGCGACAACAUUAAUUUAAACUUCAAUUAAUGAAAAUAAAUACAUGGGAUAUUCCCCCCCCCCCCCCCCCA